AUGGCACAGCCAAUGGGGCGAGCAUUGCUGGACUGUGCUUCUUUGUUCCGCUCCUCGACAUCCUCCUUCACGCAACGCUCCAGCCAAGCAUGGCAGCGACGGCGAACCGCAGCUCCUGCACUCUCCCAGCGCAGAACCUACCUAGGCCAAUCCCAACGACGACGAGCCACGACCUCUGCCGGCACCGCAACAUCCUCCUUCAAACACCCCAUCAUCGACCACCACUACGAUGCUAUCGUCGUGGGCGCAGGCGGUGCAGGUCUCCGAGCAGCCGUCGGUCUCGCAGAAUCCGGUCUCGAAACAGCCUGCAUAACGAAACUCUUCCCAACCCGCUCGCACACCGUAGCCGCACAAGGUGGAAUCAACGCCGCGCUGGGCAAUAUGACAGAAGACGACUGGCGGUGGCAUAUGUACGAUACGGUAAAAGGCAGUGAUUGGUUAGGCGAUCAGGAUGCUAUACAUUACAUGUGUCGAGAGGCGCCGAAGGCGGUGUAUGAGUUGGAGAAUUACGGCAUGGCGUUUUCGAGAACGGAGGAUGGCAGAAUUUAUCAGAGGGCGUUGGGUGGGCAGAGCUUGAAGUAUGGGAAGGGUGGGCAGGGGGUUAGGUGUUGCUCUGCGGCGGAUCGGACGGGGCAUGCGAUGUUGCAUACGUUGUACGGGCAGAGUGUGAAGCACAACUGCAAUUUCUUCAUCGAGUACUUUUGCAUAGACCUUUUGAUGGUAGAUGGCGCUUGUGUGGGUGUUCUGUGCAUGUCCAUGGAGGAUGGCACGCUGCAUAGAGUCUUUGCAAGGAAUACAGUACUGGCGACAGGUGGAUACGGCAGGACGUACUUUUCAUGCACGUCUGCUCAUACUUCUACUGGAGAUGGAAACGCAAUGGCAGCACGAGCAGGACUUCCCAACCAGGACUUCGAAUUCAUCCAGUUCCACCCAACAGGCAUCUAUGGCGCAGGUGUGCUCAUCACAGAGGGAUCUCGUGGAGAAGGUGGAUAUCUACUGAACAGCAACGGCGAACGAUUCAUGGAACGAUACGCACCAACUGCCAAGGACCUCGCAUCAAGAGACGUUGUGUCAAGGUCGAUGAACAUGGAGAUUCGAGAAGGACGUGGAGUCGGCCCUGAGAAGGAUCACGUCUACCUGCAACUCAGCCAUCUUCCCAAGGACCUGAUCUACGAGAGACUACCCGGAAUCGCUGAGACUGCAAGUGUGUUCUCGGGAGUCGAUGUCACGAAGGAGCCAAUUCCUGUUCUUCCGACUGUGCAUUACUGCAUGGGCGGCGUGCCUACCAACUGGAAGGGUGAGGUUUUGAAUGUCGACCCUGUCACUGGCCAGGAGAAGCCCGUGGAAGGUCUCUAUGCCGCUGGCGAAGUCGCCUGCGUCAGUGUGCACGGCGCCAACCGUCUUGGAGCGAACAGUCUGCUCGACAUCGUCGUUUUCGGUCGUGCCUGCGCUCUCGAAAUCGCCGCCAACAACGAAAAGGGCAUGGCUCAUAAGAAGGUGCCCAAGAACAUCGGCAUGGACCACCUCGAAGAAAUGGAGAAGAUUCGCAACGCGGACGGCGACAUCCUCAGCGCACAGAUCCGCACCGACAUGCAGAAAGUCAUGCAAGCCGACAUCUCCGUCUUCCGCAAUGAAGAAGCCCUGCAGCAGGGCAAUGAACGCAUGCAGCAAGUCCAGUCAGACUUCCAGAACCGCCUAGCCGUGAAAGACAAGUCGAUGAUCUGGAACUCGGAUCUCAUCGAGACGCUUGAGAUGCGAAACCUCCUCACGUGCGCCGCGCAGACGGCCAAGAGCGCGUUGUUGAGGAAGGAGAGUCGCGGAAGCCAUGCGCGAGAAGACUAUCCUGACAGGAACGAUAAAGAGUGGAUGAAGCAUACGCUGAGCUGGCAGAAGGAUGUGGGCGAUGAUGUGCAGAUUGGGUAUCGACGGGUGGUGAUGGAUACGUUGGAUAAGAGCGAGAUGGAGAGUAUUCCGCCUGUGAAGAGGACUUAUUAG